AUGGGCAGGUUUGGUUAUGUUGCACCAGAGUAUGCCUGCACUGGAAUGCCGACUGAGAAGAGUGACAUUUAUAGCUUUGGGGUACUUAUCAUGGAAAUAAUCACUGGGAGAAGUCCUGUUGAUAGUAGUAGACCACAAGGAGAGGUUAAUUUAAUUGAGUGGUUGAAAACUAUGGUUGGUAAUCAAAAAUCCGAGGAAGUAGUUGAUCCUAAGCUUCCUAAGAAACCAUCUUCAACUGCUCUUAAACGUGCUCUGUCUGUUGCUCUUCAAUGCGCGUUGCUAUUGAUGAGGAACCUCUCCAUCAAUUAG